AUGGCAGUGAAGUCGCCGGAUACAUUGUUUUAUGAGAGUCUGAGGUUUGUGAAACAUAUUGAUGAUCCGGCCAUUGCUGCAUUGACCAAGUACUAUUCUAAGGUGUUUCCGCCUAGCAACACUGCAGGAGUGAGCAUGCUGGACAUGUGCAGGAGUGAGCAUGCUGGACAUGUCAGUCACUUUCCUCCGGGAUACAAGCAAGAGCGAGUAGUUGGAAUGGGAAUGAUUGAAGCAGAGCUAAAGGCAAAUCCGGUUUUGACAGAGUAUGUUCUUCAAGACUUGAAUGGCGAUCCUAAACUUCCCUUUGAAGAUAAUUCUUUCGAUGUGAUAACUAAUGUGGUCAGUGUUGAUUAUAUUAACAAGCCUAAUGAAGUUUUCAAGGAAAUGUGCUGGAUUCUUAAGCCAGGCAGACUUGCUAUAAUGAGCUUUUCCAACCGAUGUUUCUGGACUAAAGCAAUCUCAAUCUGGACAUCAACUGGUGAUGCUGAUCAUGGUUUGAUUGUUGGGUCAUGUUUCCACUAUGCUGGUGGAUUUGAACCUCCUCAGAUGGACAUCGAUCGAGAAAUCAAAUGA